AGCUUCAGCGUCUCAUUCUUCGGUCUAUCAUACAUUCAUACCCGCUUCACAAGUCACAAUCUCCAUAUUUGUUCAGUAUUAGGUGAGAAAAUUAUCGAGAUCUCCACCGGCCAUAGCGAAGGUAUGUUAACGGCUGUCCGAACUCAGUGGAGGAAGAAUUCGAUAUUGUGGCUAGGUAUUUUGGCGAUAGAGUCUGACGAGAAAGACGGUUGGCCUAGCAAAACCACCAGUUACAUGUCUUCUACUUCAUUCUCUUUUUCUUCUUAUAUUUGAUUCUCUACUUAAUGGGCUAUCUAAUUUUGUAGUUGAAAAAAAAUUGAUUUUGGCAUCUAGAUUGCAUGCUAUGUGUUUGAUGAAAUUCCUCAACGAAGCUCAUUUUAGGUCAAUUUGAUCUUGCACGGCAGGUAUAUCAAUUUGAUAUGCAGAUCUUUUUCCCAGAAUCCUCUACAUACUUUGUAUUAUUAAUGGUGGCUUCAAAACAUCAGGCAGAGGCAAAAAUCCUUAAGGGGCCACAUGAGGACUUAGAAAGUUAUCUGGAGGCAUGUGAUCAGUUGAGGAGUGUUGUUAAAUUCUUUAGUGGUAACAAAAACUUUAAGGGUAGUAUAGGAGUGAUUACACAUGCCACUACUUUAAUCACAAAGUCAAUUGACUUUGUGAUUAGGAAAAGUUCAUUUUCGGCUCUCAUUAUUGUAUAUAUAGAGAUUAUCUUGGGAUUUUUUUGUUUAGGAGAUGUAUGAAAAAUGCUAGAAACCAAUAUCACCUACGGUAGCUAAAAUGUUUUUUUAUGUCAGCAAUAUGGCAGCUAGAACAUCGUGCAAUUCCAUUCGCAAUAACUUCAGAUCAACUUCCCAGUUAAUAUUGUCUUUCGGAAAUGCAGGCGGAUUUAUAUCCUCCGAUAGUCGGUAUAAAAUUUUUUGUUUUAUUUUGUCAAAUCUGGGCUUCUCAAAACCAUAGAUAAGUUUUACCUUCGCAUAGUUUGAACCUCACCUUCUUAUAACUAAGAAUUUCAGGUGUGUGCCUUGAAGUGGUCUCUUGAUGAGAGAGGAAUUGCAUCGGAUGGCAACGAAAAUCAGAGGAGGAGACAUUGAGAGAGUUUGGUCUAUUUCUAAUAUUGCCCUUCAAGGUGUGAAAACUGGGAGAGCCGAUGCCUCAUUUUUAGAAAAAUAUUUUUUUUCUUACAAGGUAUUAGCGUGCUUGAGUUGUGCAUUGUGUUUGCAAGUACAAUUGCCAACUAUCACCAUUUCUCCUAGAGUAAUAGUGCUACUAUCUUCUCAUUUCAAUUAUGUUUAUCUAAUUUCAAUACUCCAAAUUUAUAUAACCUUUUUUGCUCUCUCUAAGCAAGGUGAUAUCCCGUUUGAAAAUGGAAGGAGCCAUUGCUUUGUCUUCUUCAAAGGUUAUGGGUCUGAUGCCCUAUGUUUAAAAAUCUCUUCCGCGAGUUGCCUGACUUGCCUGUCUAUCGUUGAACAUUUAUUUAUUGUGGCACGAUUCCAUUAAGCACUAAUGGGCUACGAAUUGUACUUGGUGUUCUCCUGAAGUCAUUGUCACCUGCACCUGAAACAAUCGUUCACUUCCCAUCCAGGUGCAAGGGGUAUAACCCUUUAAUUUCUCUAUUUUCUUACCUUCUUCUUAUUUCAAAUUUAAUUGUUUAUUUUCAAUAAUUCAUUAGAAUUUCUAUGAGGUUUAGUUUGUUGGGGCAAUGGUCAUUAUACCAAAAGAGCCAGGUUGAUUGUUUCGUUCUAGAUGUUGUUUGGCAAGAAUUUGAGAAUUGCAAUUGUCUUCAAUUAGGCCACCACUUCACUGCAGAUCGCAGAGCAAAUUGUGAAUCUUUGUUCCAUAUUACAUGAGUAUUGCUUCUACCUCCUUUGGUGCAACUUUCAUUUUCUAAUUAUUCCAAGCUAUGGUGGUGCUGCAUCACUCACAUGGAUUGGGCUCUUACUUUGGAAGCUAGCAAUCGGCAUUCUUCAAGCGUCUUUGUUAAUACACUGUUGAAAUUUUUUCUUCUUAAUGAUUUUUUUUUUUAAAAAUUUAGUGAUGUGGGUUAAAGAAAUCAUACAAAAGGUUGGUGGGGUUUUUGUUCAGUUGCUAGGAUUUGAUAAAGCAAACUAUUGGAGUUGGAAUGGCGUCAAUUGA